AUGGCCACCGACAUCAGCCAUACGCCGCCAGAGUAUGCGGACCCUGAAAAGUCACUGGCGCAGGGAGAGAAGCUCAACAUCAAGACGGCACAUAACCUCCACGGCCAGGACAUCGAACUCGAAAAUGGACAUCUCGCGGAGUUGGAGGUCGAUAUGCAGCGGGUGCUCGAUGAGGAGGGUGAGGGGGACUACGAUGCCGAUACCUCGCCUUUCCCCCAGGUCAGAGCCGUUGUGCCGGAGACUGACGAUACUGCGAUCCCCGUCAACACGUUCCGAGCCUGGUUUCUUGGAAUUGUCUUUGUCUUUCUUGGCGCCGGCGUGAACCAGUUCUUUUCGUUGCGAUACCCCGGUGUUCACAUCGUAUCUCUCGUCGCAGAACUGAUCGCGUUCCCCAUCGGCGUCGCGCUCGCCAAGAUUCUCCCCAUCAGCCGUUUCAACCCCGACCGGCACUUUAACAUCAAGGAGCAUGCUCUCGUAACAAUCAUGUCCAACGUCUCCUUUGGCUUCGGCUCAGCUGAUGCGACCAACCUGAUCCAAGCAGCCAGGCUGUAUGGCUUCUACAUCCCGCCAGGAUUCUCCGUACUCGUUGUUCUGUGUUGCCAGCUCAGCGGAUACGCCGUCGCAGGUCUCGCUAUGCCGUGGCUUGUCAAGCCCGCCAGCAUGAUCUGGCCUGGUGUGCUCAGCAAUGUCGCCCUCCUCAGCUCGCUGCACUCUCGAGCCAACGCCAUUGCUGACGGAUGGAGAAUCACCCGCAUCAAGUUCUUCAUGAUUGUGGGUGGAUGCGCUUUCGUCUGGUACUGGUUCCCGGGCCUCAUCUUCACGGGCCUCAGCUACUUCACCUGGAUCUGCUGGAUUGCGCCGAACAACCUGGCGGUCAACCAAGUCUUUGGCAUGGUCACUGGCAUGGGCCUCUUUCCUCUGACUUUCGACUGGUCUAUGAUUGCGUAUAACACGAACCCGCUUCUCAGUCCUCACUGGGCCGCGCUAAAUGUCUUCUUUGGCUUUGCGUUCUUCUUCUGGAUCAUCACACCGGCGAUCUACUACACGAACACCUGGUUCACCUCGUACAUGCCGUUCUGCACAGCCGACGUCUACGAUCGAUUCGGCAGCCUGUACAACGUGACGGAGGUUCUCACGAACAACGAAUUCGAUCAGCAAAAGUACUCUUCGUACUCUCCCCCGUAUCUGCCAGCCACGUUCGCCUUUGUAUACGGCCUGUCUUUUGCUUCAAUCACAAGUGUUUUGUCCCAUGUCUACUUCUUCCACUUCGAUGAAAUCGUGCAUGCCAUGAAGGGAACGCUCAAACUCGACAUUCACGCGCGCCUGAUGCAGUCAUACAGGACUGUCAAGUGGUGGUGGUGGAUGGUCAUUCUCCUGGUCGUCUUCGGCAUGGCAGUCGGCACCGCAGAGGGCUACGACACCGGUCUGCCGUGGUGGGGAGUCAUCCUCGCCUUCAUCAUUCCCGCAGGCGUCACGAACGUGGACGCCAACCAGCUGAACGUGCUGUCCGAAUUCAUCGGAGGAUACAUGUUCCAGGGCAAACCGAUUGCCAACAUCCUCUUCAAGAUCCUCAGCACGGAUGUCGUUGGUCAAGGUCUGUACUUCGCGGCCGAUAUGAAGCUCGGCCACUACCUCAAGAUCCCGCCCACGACCCUCUUCUUUGCACAAGGUCUCGCAACGAUUCUUGGAGCAUUGACCCAGACUGGUGUCACGCUUUGGAUGCUUGGCAAUGUUGACGGUAUCUGCACCGAGGACCAGCCCAAUGGCUUCUCCUGCCCCAACGGUCGCACCGUUUUCUCGUCUUCGGUUAUCUGGGGUCUCGUCGGGCCCGCUCGUCUCUACUCCGUUGGCGCUAUCUAUUCCGGUCUCUUGCACUUCUUCUGGAUCGGACUUAUCCUGCCGCCGAUUACGUACUUCAUCUUCAAGAAGACAAAGUCUGACUUCAUUCGCAAGAUCAACUGGCCGCUCAUCUUUGUGGGAACCUAUAACGUGCCUCCGGCCACGGGUAUCAACUAUUCUUCGUGGUACAUCGUGAACCUGAUCUUCAACAAGAUCAUCUACCGCAAGUUCUACGCUUGGUGGAGCAAGUACAACUACGUCCUCGCCGCGGCGCUGGACACCGGACUUGCCAUCAGUGGUAUCGUCAUCUUCUUCGCUGUCACAUAUGGCCCUAACGCACAAUUCCCUGAUUGGUGGGGAAACACCGUAUGGAGUGAAACCGCUGAUGGACAAGGCCUACCGUGGCUGCAGAUGCCGGAUGUAGGCUACUUUGGACCUGCGAACGGAACGUGGUCUUAG